ACGGUGAACGAAAGGCGAAGGCGCGGAAAAGCGCGUGAAAAUUCGAAUAAAAAGUUGAGGGAAAUGUGAGGCCCAAAUACGUGAGGCGCGACAUUUUCCGGACAAUAGUGUGUGAGCGUGUGCAUGUGCGUGAGUUUCAGUGACUCGAGGCUAGAGAGUAGAAAGCUAAUAGAAAGCAGGACUCAAAAAAGUGUUGUGUGUGAAUAAGGGAAAUCAAAACAAAAAUAUAUCAACAGCAGAUAUUGCCUGCCAUAGAUCAAAGCUCGUAAAGCAAAGUGUGAAUUGAUAGGACACAAAGCAAAGUGAUAGAAAAAAGAGCCGAAGGAGGAUUUGAAGCAGAGUGCAAAGGUUAUAGCUGCAGCCCUAAAAAGAGACAAAAAGGCACAAACCGAGUGGGUCAUCGCAAGAUGUUGACCCUGUGGACGGCACUCUUCUGCUGCCUGACGGGACUGGCCGUGUGCUACCAGCGGCAAUCCGUAAGCAACAAUAAUCACAAUAACGCCGAGGCGAAGCCCACCCACGCACCACCCUCGCAUUAUCCUCAUGGCCACAAGUGGAACGAGCCGUACUUUGAUCUCACGAUGCCCAGGAACAUCACAUCGCUGGUGGGCAAAUCCGCAUAUCUGGGCUGUCGUGUCAAGCAUCUGGGCAAUAAGACGGUUGCUUGGAUACGGCAUCGUGACCUGCACAUCCUCACCGUGGGCACCUACACCUACACGACGGAUCAGCGGUUCCAGACCUCCUACCAUCGGGACAUCGACGAGUGGACCCUGCAGAUCAAGUGGGCCCAGCAGAGGGACGCCGGCGUGUACGAGUGCCAGAUAUCCACGCAGCCCGUGCGCAGCUACUCGGUCAACCUGAACAUCGUGGACCUGAUAGACGCCGAGACCAGCGAUAUGAUGCAGCAGUAUUAUAACGACGACGCCUUCUAUAUAGCCGAGAAUCGGGUGUACCAGUCCAGUAACGAUGAGUUCGCCGGCAUGUUCGGACCCAUCCAGACAGUUGCGGUGCCCACGGCCACCAUUCUGGGAGGACCUGAUCUGUAUGUGGACAAGGGCAGCACCAUAAAUCUCACUUGCAUCAUCAAGUUCAGCCCGGAGCCACCGACCCAUAUCUUCUGGUAUCAUCAGGAUAAGGUGCUCAGCGAGGAAACUUCGGGCGGCCGGCUGAAAUUCAAGACCAUCAAGUCGGAGGAGACCAAAUCCAUUUUGCUCAUUUACGACGCGGAUCUCCUGCACUCCGGCAAAUACUCGUGUUAUCCUUCGAACACGGAGAUAGCCAGCAUACGCGUCCAUGUCCUUCAGGGCGAGCGACCCGAGGCGAUGCAAACGAACGCGGCACCGGCAGCCGUUGCCCUGGCCUCUUGGUCCUGUCAUUUUGGCCAGGCCACGCAGGCGGUCAGGGUAAUUAGCACAAUGGUGGCGGCACUUGUAUUGUUGGAGGCCUGCUCCUCGCUGCUUCUGCAGGGCGGUGGCGCUGGAGGAGGAGCAGGUGGAUGUCCUGGAGGAGGAUCGGCCGCAGGAGGAGCCACCACUCGAGUCAGAGAGAUGCGCACAAGUUACCCGCUUGACCCCAAGGUGCCCUCGACGACGUCCGCGGAGCGUGUCAAUAAUGGCAGCCGGAAUGCACGGUGAUAAAUUAAUGUCGCCCAGUUGGAAUUCCACCGCCAGUGCAGCGCCCGAGUGCAGCUGAAAUGAUUUAUAUUCGAAGUUACAGGAGCAUCACAGGAGCAAAAGCAGGAGCAGCAACAGCAUCUGAGGUCCUUCCACUCCAGCUGCAUGUAAUACCUAUCUGAAAAACCAACUAAUUAUGCUAAUGAUGGAAGGAGGAGGCUGCUGAAGCUGCUCCUGGAGCUGCUCCUCCUGCACCUCGGCAAGUUGUAAGUAAGCGUGUUUCUAAUUAAGUGGGCUGGGGAUUAGUUAGUUAGGCGGAAAUCGGAGCCAUGUACAUAAACUUCUCACGUAAAUUGCCAGCACACUAGCGAACCUAGCUAAAUGGAAAGCAUUUCGAACGAAUCAUCAAAUUAGAGAACUAUAUUCAAGUGGUUUGCUUAUAGAGCCAUGGCUAGAAGUUUAUAUAAAUAAUAAAGGAAAUGAGAAAGGAGAGCAGGGGUGUUUUGGAGCUAGUAGAGAUUUAAAAACAGUCAUUAAAGUGUCUAUGACCUAAGGUAGCGCAUAAUUUGUUCUAUAGCUAUAAGGCAAUUAAAAUUUAAUUUGUAUAUAGUGUAGCACUUGACAACUGUUUUUGAAUAUCUUCGGACUUCUGGAGGACGCCCCAUUAGUAACUUAAGUAUAUGCAUACAUACGUAGCGAAAGUUUACUCAGAUCGUUGUAAAUACUAUUGGGAUUCGUUCUUGAUUUAUGUGUGUGUUGCCCUUGGGUUACCCUGUAUAGCCUAGAGUUUAAGCAAUGUGUACAUACUUAGAGAUACAAAGUAGCUAACUGUUUUGACACGAACUUCUUCGAAGGUUCCUAAACUAAUUUUCUAUGAAAUGUACAUGUCCCAUGGUCUCUCUCAAUAAUCUAUGGGCACUUGGAUGUGAGAAUGUGAGAAUGCAUGAGAAAUUCCUGCCAAAAACCCGCCUCAGUUUGAAGUGCGACUUUCCGGCUAGCAAUUUAUUUAGAAGAAUUUCGAAUUUCUCCAAGUCAUGUGGGCAGUUCCUGUUCCCAUUUACCAUCUACCAACUACCAUCAACUCGAAGCAAUUGCUGCGAGUUCAUUGCUCUGCGAGUCCGGGCAAAUUUAGAGCCACCCAGUUCGGCAUGUCCGGUUGCAUUUAUAUGCCCUGCCAUACCGGAAAAAAGGCAUACUGGGCAAAAGACGUGGCCGAAGACACAACUGGCAAGUCACUUUUCACUCUUGUCAACAAAAUAUUUGCAUUUCCAUUUCGGUCCGAGGCCGUCGAAUGUGUUCACGUUUGACUUGGCUUUGGUCUUGGGUUUGGGUUUGGGUUUGAGUUUGAGUUCGUCUUGAAGGACUUUGCCCGGGAAAGCGGGCUCCUCUUCCUGUGCCACAUUUAAAAAUGUAUGGGUUCCAUGGCCGGCAAAUGGGACUGAGUUUAACUGAUCAAAAUUGUAAAUAAACCUGCAUAUAUACCAUAUGAAUAAACUAUAAAUUGUACUCAAGUAUUCGUGUGGUAGUCAUACAUUACAUAUACGAAACACACAAACAUAAGAAUGCACAGUGCUCGCAAAUCGGACAUAUAUAUAUAAAUAUACAUAUAUAUAUAGAUAUGGAUUUAUAUACGUAUAUGGAUGUAUCGAUAUUAAAAAUGUAAACCCAACGCAUGCAAAAUUAGUCGCGACAUGUAAAUGAAUGUUUAAUGGGUAAAUUAAUGUUGCCA